AUGCCCAUGGCCAAGGCCCCGCAGGUGACAGGCGGGCAGGGGGACGGAGGUGAUGGAGAGGAGGCAGAGCCGGAGGGCAUGCUCAAGGCGCCCGUGGAAUCAAGGAGAAAAGUCCGGGACUACCUCCGCCUGGCGCCCCUGUGGCUGGCGCUGGUCAUGCUGGCUGCAGUGGGGGUCCUGCUCUGGUAUUUCCUAGGGUACAAGGCAGAGGGGACCGUCAGCCAGGUGUACUCGGGCAGCCUCCGCGUGCUCAACCGCCACUUCUCCCAGGACCUGGCCCGCCGGGAGUCCAGUGCCUUCCGCAGUGAAACCGCCAAAGCCCAGAAGAUGCUCAAGGAGCUCAUUGCCAGCACCCGCCUGGGCACUUACUACAACUCCAGCUCGGUCUACUCCUUUGGGGAGGGGCCCUUCACCUGCUUCUUCUGGUUCAUUCUCCAAAUCCCUGAGCACCGCCGGCCGUCGCUGAGCCCUGAGGUGGUGCAGGCGCUGCUGGUGGAGGAGCUGCUGUCUUCCGUCAAUAGCUCGGACCCUGCUCCCUACAGGGCUGAGUAUGAGGUGGACCCCGAGGGCCUGGUGAUCCUGGAAGCCAGCGUGAAAGAGAUAGUUGCCCUGAAUUCCACGCUGGGCUGCUACCGCUACAGCUACGUGGGCCAGGGCCAGGUCCUCCGGCUGAAGGGGCCUGACCAGCUGGCCGCCAGCUGCCUGUGGCACCUGCAGGGCCCCGCGGACCUCAUGCUCAAGCUUCGGCUGGAGUGGACACGGGCCGACUGCCGGGACCGCCUGGCCAUGUACGACGCGGCUGGGCCCCUGGAGAGGAGGCUCAUCACCUCGGUGUACGGCUGCAGUCGCCAGGAGCCGGUGGUGGAGGUGCUCGCGUCAGGCGCCGUCAUGGCGGUGGUGUGGAAGAAGGGCCUGCACAGCUACUACGACCCCUUCCUGCUCUCUGUGCAGCCUGUGGCCUUCCAGGCCUGUGAGGUGAACCUGACCCUGGAGGGCCGGCUGGAGUCGCAGGGCGUCCUCAGCACACCGUACUUCCCCAGCUACUACCCGCCCACCACCCACUGCUCCUGGCACCUGACGGUCCCUUCCCUGGACUAUGGCUUGGCCCUCUGGUUUGAUGCAUACGCACUGCGGAGGCAGAAGUACGACCUGCCCUGCACCCAGGGCCAGUGGACCAUCCAGAACAGGAGGCUGUGCGGCCUGCGCACCCUGCAGCCCUACGCAGAGAGGAUCCCCGUGGUGGCCUCCGCCGGCAUCACCAUCAACUUCACCUCCCAGACUUUCCUGACCGGCCCGGGCGUGCAGGCACACUACAGCCUGUACAACCAGUCGGACCCCUGCCCCGGAGAGUUCCUCUGCUCCGUGAACGGACUCUGCGUGCCCGCCUGCGACGGGGUCAAGGACUGCCCCAACGGCCUGGACGAGAGGAACUGUGUGUGCAGAGCCACGUUCCAGUGUCAAGAGGACAGCACGUGCAUCCCCCUGGACAGGGUCUGUGACCGGCAGCCCGACUGUCUCAAUGGCAGUGACGAAGAGCAGUGCCAGGAAGGGGUGCCCUGCGGGACCUUCACCUUCCGCUGUGAGGACCGCAGCUGCGUGAAGAAGCCCAACCCGCAGUGUGACGGGCGGCCCGACUGCAGGGACGGCUCCGACGAGCUGGACUGCGACUGUGGCCUCCAGGGCCCCUCGGGCCGCAUCGUGGGUGGGGCCGUGUCCUCAGAGGGGGAGUGGCCCUGGCAGGCCAGUCUCCAGGUUCGGGGUCACCACAUCUGUGGGGGAGCCCUCAUCGCUGACCGCUGGGUGAUCACGGCUGCCCACUGCUUCCAAGAGGACAGCAUGGCCUCCCCCGCGCUGUGGACCGUGUUCCUGGGCAAGGUGUGGCAGAGCUCGCGCUGGCCGGGGGAGGUGUCCUUCAAGGUGAGCCGCUUGCUCCUGCACCCGUACCACGAGGAGGACAGUCACGACUACGACGUGGCCCUGCUGCAGCUCGACCACCCGGUGGUGCGCUCGGCCACCGUGCGCCCCGUCUGCCUGCCCGCGCGCUCCCACUCCUUCGAGCCCGGCCUGCACUGCUGGAUCACGGGCUGGGGCGCCCAGCGUGAGGGAGGCCCCACCAGCAACGGUCUGCAGAAGGUGGACGUGCAGCUGAUCCCCCAGGACCUGUGCAGCGAGGCCUAUCGCUACCAGGUGACACCCCGCAUGCUGUGCGCCGGCUACCGCAAGGGCAGGAAGGACGCCUGCCAGGGUGACUCGGGAGGCCCCCUGGUGUGCAAGGCGCCCAGUGGCCGCUGGUUCCUGGCAGGGCUGGUCAGCUGGGGCCUGGGCUGUGGCCGGCCCAACUACUUUGGUGUCUACACUCGGAUCACGGGUGUGAUUGGCUGGAUCCAGCAGGUGUUGACUUGA